UGAUAUAGUAGAACAAAGCAGGGUUCAGAAAGCAGAUCUUUAACUUUACAGGGUGUGCCCUGACAUACAGAGAAGAAUCCAUACUCCCUUUUCUCCCCACUUCCCCUGUCAUUUCUACCUUCCAUGCUGUGUGUUAAGUAGUUAAUGGUGCUUUACACAAGUUGUGCCUUCAGGGUUGGCAAGGUCAGGUUCCCCAUUGAUAAAACAAACAAAGAAACAAAUCCUCUGGGGAAAAAGAAAGCUGUUCCUCAUUAAAAGCAGACAGAAAAUGUUUUUUGUUCCUUUGAAUUUCCCUGUGUAAUUACUGUGUCUGUCUGUAAGACCACUCAUGGUGGUCUGCUCUUUCUUACCUUUUCUAUAGACAGCUCUAGAGAUCCAUACAGCACACGUGGGACUUGCCCAUGGCCGCCAGCCCACAGUUUUGUAGGAUUAGUCCAGCGUGUGGGCACCCCUUCCACUGAAUGCCAGUCCUGGAGCAGCAGAGCAGCGUGUUGGGCUGGAGGACUGGGAGGUGGAGCCUUUUUGCUCACUGCAGCGAGUUCCCUUCUCUCUCUCUCUCCCGGCUGUGCACUGGCUCUGCACGCUCCGUGCACUGCUCCUCGGAGUUGAAUAGGCAGGGUGUGCUCACAGACCGGGUGUGAACUGCAUUUUCUGUUUGGGGUGCCUGGGGAAAGAGCACCAGGAAGGAAGGACGGCACCAGUGCCAUGGGCCAGCUCUGCUGCUUCCCUUUCUCCAGAGAUGAGGAAAAAAUCAGUAAGUGUGGCGAGUCCGCUACCGUCCUGCAGAGCUACAGAAAGGAUGUGCCCAGCUGGCCGAGUGGUGAUAAGAAUGGAGGUGAGCCUGAUGAUGCUGAACUGGUAAAGCUCAGUAAGAGGCUGGUGGAGAAUGCAGUGCUCAAGGCUGUCCAGCAGUAUCUGGAAGAAACACAGAACAAAAACAAGCCAGGGGAUGGGAACUCUGUGAAAACUGAAGAGGCUGGUAGGAAUGGCACUGACAAUGACAACAACAGGAAAUGAGACCCAAAGGCAGGCAGGCCCCGCUACUACGUGAGAAGCAUCCCUGCUCCCCUCUGCUGAGUUGAUGGACUGAUUUGCAACGUGCUGUUGAAGUGUCUCUUGUCCCGUCUGUGGAGGUUGCCUGAUGCUUUCAUGAUCAAUGUGUUUGCAUUUCUGAAACUCAACAGAAGAAAAACAGAGUGCUGGGACUAUCAGAGAAAAUUAAUUUAUGAAAGAAGAAUGGUCCAAUUUUCACUUGCCCUCAGCCAUGGCCAGGGAGAGGGGACUUUGGGUUAUGCCUCAUGGACUCAAAGGCCGUGGAAGGGCCUUGCCAUAAUUGGAAUACUGCCGUUUAUAUUGCUUAGCAGGGCAUUUGACUACUUUAUCUGAGGCCAACACACACACACAGCUAACAAGUGCUAAGUUUAAAAUAAUCACUGUUGAGAUUAUACAUAUAGUCAGUCCGUAAUGUUUUAUGUUUGUCCUACGUCUGCUGUCACUAUGCAGUGAUCUUUAUUUACAGCAAAUUUGUUUCAGGUAAAUAAUAUAUUUUUGGCAAAAUGCAACCUUUUCUAUAAAACAUGGGCAACAUUUUAAAGGUUUCUUUUUAACCCUCUUUUGAUAAGUCAGUGUGCCACAUUUAAUGUUUUUCAUUGGUGUUCGUAUGUAAAAUGUUUCAUAAAUCUUUUUUUCUGUAGGCAAGAGACGUAUUGGAAUCCGGGACUUAAUUAAGGAAGCUUUGCAUCGAGAAAGAAUGGUUCUGAAGUCCAAAGUGAAACAGAUAAAAGAAC